AUGGUCCACGAACGAGUCGCACCAAGCAGCGCACAGCGCAAAACCUGUAUGAAACGUCAGCUAUCGUUUGUCGCACGGGACGUCCCUCUGACAGUUGUGCUUACGCAGCUCAAACUCUUUAUCAAAAGCCGAGCGAAAGCGCUCGUAAGCAGCGCGCCUCCGAAGACUCGGUCGCCGCCGCAAAUGACGGACCAGGAGCUCUGCUCCGCCCAACUCCUCCGCGAGUUGGAAGAAUCAACCGAGUCUGUCGCCGGGAAGGGUGAAAAAUGGGUGGUGUUGAAGGUGAAGCCACGCCCUGGAUCGAGGAAGCUGGCGGAGAUGCCUCCAUCUCGCAGCGCAGCCUAUUCGUGUGUGUUGGAACGUGUUUUCACCGGAGAGCAUGAGAUCUUCAAGAUCCUCGGUCGAGUCGUUGAGAUGGCCGAAAGAAGUGAUGGGAGAAACGUCGUUGACAGUGGGUUUCUCUUUAUCGUGGCCCUAUGGGAGCUCAAACCUAUUCGUGCCAUAUCCCCGGGACCGCUCGAGAUGAUCUUCCUGAGCCAGUCCUUGAAGCUGGCCGUAGGCGUGUUGUUGGAGCUCCAAUUCCUGCGACUCAUCCUCCUGUGCCUUUUCGAGCAUAUUGCCAUUGCCAUCCUCACUGUAUUCUACACCUUCGUCCUCGCCCUUGGCUUCCACCUUGCGCCGCUUGCAUUCCCAUCUCUCCUCGUGGCCUGCGCGCCUUGA